AUGUGUCGAUGUGGUUUUGUUUUGGUCAUGCAGGUGUCCCUGGUGGUGAACGUAGCUAGUCAGUGUGGCUUCACAGACCAGCACUACCAAGCCCUGCAGCAGCUGCAGCGGGACCUGGGUCCCCACCACUUCAACGUGCUUGCCUUCCCCUGCAACCAGUUUGGCCAGCAGGAGCCUGACAGCAACAAGGAGAUCGAGAGCUUUGCCCGCCGCACCUACAGUGUCUCCUUCCCCAUGUUUAGUAAGAUCGCAGUCACUGGCACUGGUGCCCACCCUGCCUUCAAGUACUUGACACAGACUUCUGGGAAGGAGCCCACCUGGAACUUCUGGAAGUAUCUGGUGGCCCCAGAUGGAAAGGUGGUAGGGGCUUGGGACCCCACUGUGUCAGUGGAUGAGAUCAAGCCCCAGAUCACAGCACUGGUGAGGAAGCUCAUCCUACAGAAGCGAGAAGAUUUAUAACCACUGUUUCCUACACUUACCCCCCGCCCCCAUCUUAUCCACCUGUCACUACCAAUGCAAACUCAGAUGGUGCUUCAAAGGGAGAGACACAAUGACUCUCCUUCCUACUCCUGUGGGGGAAAGUCCUCUCAUUUCUUUUUUUUUUUGACAGAGUCUCACUUUGUCACCCUAGGUAGAGUA